CUGUUUUUAUCGCCUCUCAGUUUUCACGUGUUUGUGUUGCUGAACAUGUAUUUCAAUCAUCAAAUAUGAUGACAUGUAUGACAUUAUUUUUCAUUGCAUUUAUGUUAAGCAAAAGUUAUGCGACUAAUCCACACUAUAGACUUCAAAUCACACCUUCGGGUAAAGUCUUCUUUAAGGUCGGAGAGUCUUUUCAACUCAAUUGUCUUCUUAUCCCAAUUGAUGCAAAAAUUUUUCCCCUACGGGUUACAUUACCGAUCAAUUCUCCGUCAUUGAAUGGCCGCAUAAACAUCGAGGAAGAGCCCAACAACUUGACGAUUACAUUACGGUCACUACAUGUUAACGACACCGGUUGGUACAACUGUGAGGCCUCUGAUGCAACGUCACCCAUACGUCAGUCUAUUUACGUGACCAUUCAGGCCGAACACGUCGGUGAUUGUCCGGCCAAUACUUAUUUUUCGUGCGGCAAUCGACUAUGUAUUCCCAAACGUUACAUCUGUGACGGCUUUACCGACUGUCCCAAUGAUAAGGAUGAAAGUCCUGAAAUAUGCGGAGUGAAUCCGUGCGAUAACAAGAUCUCAUGUGAAGACGGACGCUGUAUUGACAAGAGUUUAUGUUGUCUGAGACAACUGGACCCAAGCUGUCCGGUCACUAAUCUGGUGUCUUGUUGUGCUGACUAUUUGGAACAGUUGGCAACCAUAAGACCGGUGAAUGAUAUAGCAUUGAAAGACAAUUUGAUCCGAUCGACAGUCUAUACGAUAUCCAGCUGUGCUGUCGCUGUCUUCUUCUUCAUUGCCAUUCUAAUAGUCGCCAUAUAUAGGGUUCAUAUGAGACGAAGAAUACUGGUUCGCCAUCAGACGAGAAACAAUGGUUCGCCAAUAAAUCAUCACUCGUUUGGGUCUAAUGCUCAACAAAACUCCGAUCUCUAUGCGUCUAAUGAGAUGUUUGAGCCGUUAGAUCCCAUUGACUUAGAUCUGGCGUACAAUCAUUAUGAAAACGAUGAUAUAAUGCAAUGCAUUAGUCAAAUACCAAAGCCUCCCAUUUAUAGUGAGGCACUCAAUCAUCCAAUUAUGCCAUACAACGAACCACCGCCUCCUUACUCUCCUCGAGUAUCGUCGACACCACCGACGUCACCGUUGGUCUUGUCUGAAGCUGAGGCGACUUCAUCCACAAGUGAAGCGCCGGAAGAGUCGUAUGUAUUAGUUAUCCCAAUACCGGAAUCCAAUAGAGAUGAACCAAUUGAUGAAAACGCUACACAAAAUACAUAUAAUAAUAAUAAUUGUAAUUCCGAUAAUAGUGAUGAACAGACAUCUCAAUGAGAUUAGUUUAAAGGCAACUAAUUUUAUAUUUAC